AUGUACGCCUUCACCGAGUAUUAUGAUUACUACAAUUACAGUGAGAACUUUACUGACCUUGGGUUGUUUCUUUUCAACGCCACUGUGGAUUGUCCCAGCUCACACAUGAGUGGCUCCAACAUCUUCCUGCCCAUACUGUAUUACAUUAUAUUCCUCACAGGCUUCCUGGGCAACCUCUUUGUGAUUUUGGUGGUGGGCAGCAAAGGUAGGAAAAGUGGGCGUCUGGUGGACACUUUUGUUGUCAACCUGGCCCUGGCAGACCUCGUCUUCGUCCUCACUCUGCCUCUGUGGGCCAUCUCUGCAAGCCGCAGCGGCCACUGGGACUUUGGGGCAGCUGGAGACCUUCUGUGUAAACUGAGCAGCUUCAUCAUUGCUGUCAACCGCGUCUCCAACAUCUUAUUCCUUACCUGCAUGAGUGUGGACCGCUACCUGGCGGUGGUGAAGCUGAUGGACUCGAGGUACCUCAGGAGCAGCAGGUGCAUCCGGGCGACAUGUGCUGCUGUGUGGCUGAGUUCUCUGGUGCUGGGUAUCCCAUCUCUUCUGUACCGCAGAGUGGAGCCCUCAGGGGAUGGACUCUCCUGUGUGGAAGAAAACCACUCACCCUUUUUUCUGGGCCUGAGCCUCGCCAUGGCUUUACUCACUUUUGUUAUCCCUGUGUUGAUCAUCGUGCUCUGCUAUGGCACCAUAAUAAUGUAUCUCAAUCAGCACUGUGCUGCCAAUCCUCGGGCUGAAGUGCGACACAGGCACUCCCUGAAGAUGGUCCUCUCCAUCAUAUUGGCCUUCGUGGUGUCCUGGCUCCCCUUUAACAUCUUCAAAGUCAUCGUUAUCAGCGCGAAGCUCUCCGAAGCUGACCUGAGUUGUGAAGCUGAGUCUUGGCAGAGUAACGGGCUCCUCUUGUCGGGAUGCCUGGCCUUCCUCAACAGCUGUGUGAAUCCGGCCAUUUACUUUUUCCUGGACAAUCACUUCAGACGAAGUGCCCAGAACUUGUGCAAGAGGUUCACAGGGAAGCAGAAGUUCCUGCAGAGCCACCACUCUUCAGCCUCUUUCACCAAUGUUGGCACUUCAGAGAGCUGUGGGGCAGUCAGUGGGAGAACUAAGCUCCAGAUGUGUGAGUAG